GUUACAUUCCAUCAUCAUUCUAAGGCUAGAGUCCGACGUUGUCUUGAGUAGAUGCUAACAUUCAUAUCCCGACAUCCAGACUUCUUCUCAAAGAUACAAAUGGAAAUUGAAAAUUACCCGGAACUAUUAGCUGAUCCUGUAUCUAUCUCUAUUUUGAGAUACCCUAUUUUACGAUUAUCAUUUUAUUUUUCGUUGUUAUCUGUCUCAACUCCUGAGUGAUGUAUGAUCAUACGGUCUGACGGCCAACUUAGACAACAGACAGAAUGUUGACCUCCAUUUCACAGGGCGACGUUCACCGGUUAUGGAUUUAGGAUAGGGCUCAACUGAAGUAUAUCCCGGUGUGUCUGGUUGGGCUGCAAAUCACGCAACUUUUCUAGAACCAAAAUAAUAUUGGUCAUGGAACAGUAGGUGCCGUUGCUCUACCUCUACUAGGGUCUAGAAACAUCAGGUGAGGCUCAAGGCGACUAUGUCGGUCUAGUGGUUCCGGUGUGGCAGAAUGGGUCCUUCCAUACUCACUCAGGAGUAAGUUGAUGAUAGGAGACUGGAAGGUCUUGUUCAGAGUUCGAAAUAGAGACCCCUUUUCUAGCUGCGUAGCUUUC